AUGGAGGAGGAGGGUGAAGUAAUCACGGUGGAGGACGAUGUUACAGUGGAAGGGGAAGCCUUUGGUCGUACACUCGUCGGGAAGAUCUGGACUGAUGUCCCUUACAACAUUAGAGCCUUCAAACAAACAAUGAUCCAAGCUUGGAGGCUGAAAAACACUGUUGAGAUCCAAGAUCUGAACAAGAAUCUCUUUCUCUUCAAGUUUGUUUCAAGAAGAGACGCAGAAAACAUCCUCCACUCAGGCCCAUGGAGUUUCGACCGCAAUCUGUUGAUUCUAGACACAAUUUCAAGUGAGGAACAACCUUCGGAGCUGGAUUUACACACCGUUCAGUUCUGGGUAAGAAUUUAUGAUCUCCCACUUAAGCUAAGAUCUGAUUUGAUGGCAAGAAAGCUUGGGGAUCUGGUAGGGAAGUUCCUAGAAGUGGAUCAAAGGGAUACUAACAUAAUGGGUAAAUCCAUUCGCAUCAAAGUUGAUAUAGAUCUGAGGAACCCUCUGAAGCGAGGGAUUGUGUUGAAGUACCAAAAAAGAAGCCUCUGGAUUUUCUUCAAGUACGAGCGUCUUCCCAAUUUCUGCUAUAAAUGUGGGAGGAUUGGCCACCAGAUGAAGGAAUGUGAGGAGGAAACGGGACAAGAUGGUGAAGGAUACACAGACGUCGAAGAGCAAGACCAAGCUUAUGGGUCUUGGAUGAGAGCCUCUCCCUUACCAAAGUUUCAGGUGGAAUUUAAGAAAGAACCCAGUACCGGCACUUGCAGUAAAUCCCUUUUCUCAUCAACAAGCUCAAGCAAGGGUUCUGAAGCAGGGGAGGAGAAAACCUCAAAAGUGCUAGCUGUCAAUGAAGAAGAAACCCCCAUGAUUACAAAACAAAAGGAUGUGGUGGUUGUGAGUCCUGAAGCAACUAGCAAGGCCAUUGAAGGAGUGGCAGAAACAUUAGGCUCAGUAUCUAUCUCUCAAAAAUUUGCAGCUGGUGUGGAGGGGAAAAAGGAAGAAACUCAGGUGAGAAAAAAGUGGAACAGACAGAAGGGCCCUAAAGGUCAAAAGCCCAAAGCACAAACUAAAGGGAAAAAAGAAGGUGGGAAGAGGCAGAUAAGUGAAGCUAAUGUUACUGACAGUGUUUUGGAGGCGGUUGGGGGAGUGGAGAAAAAGAGACAUCUUGCUGCUAUGGAGAUUGACAUCAAUAAAUCAGAGGAGGUGUUGGAUGACCAACACCUCCUACCAAAAUGA